UUACAUCUCUUCUUUGGUCUUUAGCUUUGACCUCUUUUAAUGCCGAGUCCAUCUCCUAAUUUUUGCUUAUAAUCUCUUAAAUUAUUUCUGUAUUGUUCACUUUCUCAACUCUUUAGACUUCUACCUUUUCUUUUUGUAUUUCCACCUUUUUCUUCACCUCUUCUUCUUCCUAUUUUACACUAAUAAUUACUCUCCAUAAAUAUAACCUUCUUAAUUUUGACUCCCCCACUAAAUUUUUAUGAUCUAGCAAAUAUUUGAGAGGAUCAUAAUAUAUACACAAUAAAACAUGGAAUAUCAUAUAAAUCAUAGCUAUAUUAGAAGAGAUGAUGAUGAUAAUAUUGAGGAUGAUCAUGUACCUCAAAAGCAUAGGUUCAAGGAGAUGGACUUUUUUCAAGGCUCUACUUUUUCUUCAAAGGGGGCAUUAGAAGAAAGUGUUACUAACAAAGUUGACAACAAUGGCGGCGACAUCCAAGAUGGUUUUGGUGAUGAUGAUGAUCAUCUUAAACUACAACUUGAUACCGGGUUAAAGCUUCAAGUGGCUAGAAAUUUCGAUUUUGUUGAGAAAACUACGGUGGGAGAUGAAGUAGAAAUGCUACAAUCUCAUGAUGAGAAUCAAAAUGCUAAGGAUGAGAUGAUAAUUCUAAGGGAGGAAAUUGCACGAAAGAGCGUCGAAAAUCAAAGAUUGAAGACUUUACUUGAUCAAGUUACGAGCAGCCACCAAGCCCUACAAAUGCAAAUCAUGACAAUGGAACAACUCCAACUUGAUCAAAAUAAAUCCAUUAAAGUCCACCCAAUAGAGACAUUAACCAAUGAGGGAGUAAUAAUAAAUGACAAAAGGAAACAACAAAUGGGUCAAUUCGUGGGUCCAAAGCAAGAAAGUCUGAUCACUGAUGGAGAUGAUAGAAGGAGGUCCAAUUCAAAUUCGAGUGAUACCAAUAGAGAUUACGAGCAAUUAAAUAGAUGUCGUGAAAGAGAAAAACAAAAUACAAAUAACAUGCAAAGAGUUGGGGGCAUGGCGCCUACAACCGUAGAGACCGAGGAGGCUCAUGAAGUAACCAUGAGACGAGCUCGCGUAUCAGUUCGAGCACGAUCUGAAGCAAAUAUGAUUAGUGAUGGAUGUCAAUGGAGAAAGUAUGGUCAAAAAAUGGCAAAAGGAAAUCCUUGCCCUCGAGCUUAUUAUCGUUGCACUAUGGGAGUUUCUUGUCCAGUUCGCAAACAGGUACAAAGAUGUGCAGAGGAUAAUAGCAUUCUCAUCACAACCUACGAGGGACACCACAACCAUAACUUACCACCCGAGGCGGUACCCAUGGCCAGCACAACAACCUCGGCCGCCUCAAUGCUCAUCGCUGGCUCUAAGUCAUCAAGUCCGAUGGACGGACUAUUAUGUCCGUCCAUCUUCUCACAACCCACGGCUCUCCCGGGCCUCCCAAGCUUGGCCACAAUAUCUGCCUCGGCCCCGUUCCCUACCAUCACAUUAGACCUCACUCGGCCACAAGGCUCACACCCACAAGGUAACAACAGUAACAUGUCGUGUGCAAACGCAAAUGGGCCGGCCUUAAUGGGCCUUAUGCAACAACUGUUGGGCCAUGGGCCCAACAAUGAGCCCAAUAGAGAAAAUGGUAACUUGCCAUUAGUUGACCCAUUAAGUAUUGCUAAAGCUGCCCUUGCUUCGGACCCUAAUCUUGCUUCAGCUUUAGCAACGGCUAUAUCCUCAAUAAUUAAGGGCAAUUAUGACUCAAUUAAUAAUGUUAAUAAUAAUGGUAACAGUAGUGAAAUAAGUAUGGGUAAGCAAAGUUCCAAGGACAAUAACUCUGAAUUGUCCAAUAUAUCAGAGAAUUAAUAGGUUAAUUAUCAAUAAUAUAAUCAUCAUUUUCAAUUUUUUAUUUCCUUAUUUUAAUCAUUAGAUUUAUUUUUUUUUUCAAAAAUUUUGACCUGCCUAGAAUCAUUUGUACUACGUUUUUUCUUUCUUUUUUUUUUUUUUUUUUUUUUUUUUUUUUUUUUUAAUUCUUUUAGAUUCCAUGUAUCUAAUAAGUAGUGUAAUUUAUAAUUUUGAAGGAUAUUAUAUUGCAUUUAUUCUUCAAUUAUUCGAUCAGUCAUGAAGUUCAUCAUAUAGUUCAAUUAAUCAAACAUAUCUAACAAUCAAGUCAAACAUCAACUUUAUUUUGAUAUCUUUUGCUCACCAAUAUCCCUUGAUUCAU